AUGAGCAUGAUGAGACACGCACUUCUCGGCCGAAUGGCAGCAGCAACGAUGAAGAGCAGCGCGAGGAGUACUUUUUCUUCCUCCUCUUCUUCUUCGAGAAGACCGGUGUUUUUCUCGUCCUCCUCGUUCAAGAACACGAACGCGUGCAGAAGAAGAUUACCAAAAACGUCGUCGUCGUUCUCUUUCGCGACCACGUCGACAUCAUUUUCAUCGUCGUCGUCGUCGCAACGGGAGGAGGAGUUUAAGAAACGGAAGCAAAUAAAAUACGACCUGAAACUCUUAUUCGACGGCGAGUGCCCUUUGUGCGUGAAAGAGGUGAACUUUUUAAAGUCUCGGAACGAGAAAGGCUUGAUCGCGUUUGUCGAUUUAGCGGACCCUUUGUAUUCAUCAGAGGAGAACUCUGGAAUAAGUUACGAAACCGGCAUGGCGACGAUACACGGCGUGUAUAAAGGAAACGUCAUGACGGGCGUGGAGGUGUUCGAGAAAGCGUAUUCAUGCGUUGGGUUAGGGUGGGUGUAUUCGUUUACGAAAGUUCCGGCGUUAUUGACCGCGGCGAAUAAAGUGUACGACGUUUGGGCGAAGUAUCGAUUGGAAAUCACCGGACGGCCGAGUUUAGGCGACGUGUUGAAGGCGAGGCGGAUGCGAACGGAAGAGAAGACGUGCGCGGAGGCGACAGAGGGCGAGUGUAACAUUUGA